AUGGAGAGGGCGGCCCAGGGCGCAGACGGCGGCGGGGGCAGCAAUAGCAGCAGCCGCAGCAGCAGCCGCGCCACCUCCGCGGGCUCCUCGCCCUCCUGCUCCCUGGCGGGCCGGGCGGUCUCCAGCCGGUCGGCGGUAGCAGGGCUCGUUGGCGGGGGCAGCCGCAGCAGCCCAGGCUCGGUGGCCGCUAGCCCGUCUGGGGGAGGCGGCCGCAGGAGGGAGCCGGCGCUCGAGGGCGUGCUCAGCAAAUACACCAACCUCCUCCAGGGCUGGCAGAACAGGUACUUCGUGCUGGACUUUGAGGCUGGCACCCUGCAGUAUUUCGUGAAUGAGCAGAGCAAGCACCAGAAGCCUCGAGGAGCCCUGUCUUUAUCUGGAGCCAUCGUGUCCCUGAGCGACGAAGCUCCCCACAUGCUGGUGGUGUAUUCUGCUAACGGAGAGAUGUAUAAGCUGAGAGCUGCUGAUGCAAAAGAGAGACAGUUUUGGGUGACUCAGCUUCGCGCGUGUGCCAAGUAUCAUAUGGAAAUGAAUUCUAAGACUACUCCAAGCUCCCGAAGCCGAAGUCUCACUUUGCUCCCCCAUGGAACACCCAAUUCUGCGUCUCCCUGUAGCCAGAGACACCUCGGUGCGGGGGCCCCCGGUGUUGUCACAAUCACGCAUCACAAGUCGCCUGCAGCUGCCCGAAGAGUCAAGAGUCAGUAUUCCGGCCAGCUUCACGAAGUCAGAGAGAUGAUGAACCAGGUCGAAGGGCAGCAGAAGAACCUUGUGCACGCCAUCGAGUCUCUGCCAGGGUCUGGCCCGCUCACUGCCUUGGACCAGGACCUGCUGCUCCUGAAAGCUACCUCUGCCGCCACCCUCAGCUGCCUUGGGGAGUGCCUCAGCCUGUUACAGCAGAGUGUGCACCAGGUUGGCCAGCCCAGCCACAAGCCGGCGGCCUCAGAAAACAUCCUGGGAUGGCACGGGCCCAAGUCACAUUCCACAGAGCCGCUGAAAAAUGGGACAUUUGGCUCUUUGCCAUCAGCCAGUGCCAACAUAACCUGGGCAAUUUUACCAAACUCCGCUGAAGAUGAACAAACCUUCCAGCCAGAUCCAGAGCCAAACUCAGGCCCUGAAUUGGUUCUGUCCGAAGAUGAAAAAAGUGACACUGAAGAUAAGGAAGAGACCGAACUGGGCGUCAUGGAAGAUCAGCGUAGUGUAAUUCUUCAUCUCAUUUCACAGCUGAAACUUGGAAUGGAUCUGACCAAGGUGGUGCUUCCCACAUUUAUUCUGGAGAAGCGAUCCUUGCUGGAGAUGUACGCGGACUUCAUGGCGCACCCAGACCUGCUGCUGGCCAUCGCCGCGGGAGCCACGCCAGAGGAGAGGGUCAUUUGCUUUGUGGAGUAUUAUCUCACCGCCUUCCACGAGGGCCGCAAGGGGGCCUUGGCCAAGAAGCCCUACAACCCCAUCAUCGGCGAGACGUUUCACUGCUCCUGGGAAGUUCCCAAGGACAAGGUCAAGCCAAAGAGGACUGCUCCCCACUCUCCUCCCAGCCCCCAACACCUGAUGGCCGAUGACCCUUCUGAUAACUACAAGCUGAGGUUUGUGGCUGAACAGGUGUCCCAUCACCCACCCAUCUCCUGCUUCUACUGUGAGUGCAAGGAGAAGAGACUGUGUGUCAACACUCACGUAUGGACCAAAAGCAAGUUCAUGGGCAUGUCCGUGGGGGUCUCUAUGAUAGGAGAAGGUGUGCUGAGGCUCCUGGAACACGGGGAGGAGUAUGUGUUCACUCUGCCCAGUGCCUACGCUCGCUCCAUCCUCACCAUCCCCUGGGUGGAGCUCGGAGGAAAAGUCAGCAUCAGCUGUGCCAAGACGGGGUACUCAGCAACCGUGAUUUUCCACACGAAGCCUUUCUACGGAGGGAAAGUGCACAGGGUCACGGCGGAAGUGAAGCACAACCCAACCAACACCAUUGUCUGUAAAGCCCACGGGGAGUGGAACGGCACCUUAGAGUUCACCUAUAACAACGGAGAAACCAAAGUCAUCGACACGGCCGCGUUGCCAGUGUGCCCUAAGAAGGUCCGCCCUCUGGAGAAGCAGGGGCCCAUGGAGUCCAGGAACCUCUGGCGGGAGGUGACUCGGUACCUGCGGCUGGGGGACCUUGACGCCGCCACGGAGCAGAAGCGGCGCCUGGAGGAGCAGCAGCGGGUGGAGGAACGGAAGCGGGAGAGCCUCCGCACCCCCUGGCAGCCCAAGUAUUUUAUCCAGGAGGGUGACGGCUGGGUCUACUUCAAUCCCCUUUGGAAGGCACACUGAUGGUGUGGAGGUGCAGAGCCUUUGGAAAGAGGCCUCUUUUUGUAGGAAUUAAAGUGGUACAGUAUCAAGGUUCUGUGGUACUCCCUGAGAUCUCUUGAUAUCAUUCAAGAAAUGGUACCUGAGAAAUUAUAUACUGUGAAAAAUGCACCCCAAACUCUCCUAUAGGAUUGAAUUUACUCAAGAGCCAUUUGGGGCGUGUGUGUGUGUGUACAGUGGUGUGUGUGAGCUCUUGGCACACUACUCAGACACAUGCAUUACAUACACGUCUGCUGGGUAUUACAUAUGUACAUACUGCACUUACUAAGAUCUAAGUGGGUAAUUAUGGGCACCUUUUUAUCAAUGAGGUUUGACGUUUUCUAUUUCUCCCUUUGCCAAAAAUGUUUUGCACUCACAAAGGCAGUCAACUCCUGUCAAAACAGAAUUGAAUUGGCAUUGCCCAACUGACAUUCAUCUGGUAGAAAGUGGCUCAUUCCUGGUAGGUGGCUGUCAUUUCAAAAUUACUGUGAUUCCCACCUCCGUCCCCACUUCACCAUCUCAUUUGUCCAUACUCCAGAAAGAUAAACAGCUCCUUCUGCUGAAUGAGGAAUGGGCAGGAAGCUAUUAAAGGUUUUUUGCUAGAACCUUUCAGGAUGGAGCACCUCUGGGAGAACUUAGAACCAGGCCCACCUUGGAAUUUUCCUCCCAUAAUUUCUCAUGCUCAAAGCACUAGUCAUAUAUAUAUUUUUUUUUCCCUGAAGCUGCUUUCACAGUAGUAAAUGAGUCAUACAGAAACUUCAAUACUUUUAUGAUGAAAAAAGGGCUUUAGAAGUUAAAUACACGCAUGCAUAUAGAAACAUGCACAACCACAGCCUUGAUCUUGUAUUUAAGUUUGGGGAAAGAGAAAAAUGUUUUCUGUGGAUUUUUUUUUUUUUUUAGUGCCCCUCUAUUGUUUGACCCAAACUCUUCAAAGAAAACCACUGUGAUUAAUAUAAAGCCUGCCUAAGCGUUCCAUGGUUUCAGUUGAAUCUCAGUCCUCAGCCUUUACAAAUGAGGUCAAGACAUGACCAGAAUAUAAAGCAAGGGGGAAAAAAUGACAAAUUUGAUUUUUGCUCAAUGCUUCAUUUAUUUUUUACUGUGCCACUCUAUUUAUAAAAUCCAGUAGCAUGAAUGCUUCUCUGUAGUAAUACUAAUUUUGUGCCUUUUGUCUGCUUUCUUAAGACCAAUUCUUCACACUUUGUAGAUAUUAGACAAAUAUAUUUCGAUUAAAUACUAUACCCAUCU